AUGGGAUGGGAUCUGGGAGCCCUGCGAGCUGGCCUCAGCCCCUUGGACCCUGCUGCUGGGAAAAGCACCGUGCAGCCAGCGCAGCCGUACUGCCGAGCGGCUCCAAGCCGGCUGGCUGCGUUCAACGGUUUUGUCUCUGUGUUCCCAUCAGCCACAUCAAUGCAUUUUGAACUGCCGGAAUUUUUGCAGCACAUCAUUCCCACCUUCCCAGAUUUUAAUGGUGGGAAGAUGCUGAUGGACAAAAAUGAAUCUUGGUUCUCUAAUUUCUCCUCUGCUGCCUCCUCCUUUGUGAAAGGAGGUGGCAGCUGGGCAGGGAUCGGCCUCCACGAGGUGGUGGUUGGGCUGAUACUAACCCUCAUUGACUUGGUCACGCUCCUGGGAAAUACAAUAGUCUUCAUCUGCCCGGUGGUGGAAAAGAGGCUGCGCACCGUCACCUAUAUGUUUAUCAUGUCCUUAGCCAUGGCAGACUUCCUCGUAGCCUGCCUGGUCAUGCCCUUCAGUAUCAUUUACGAGGUGACGGGGAUGUGGUUGUUCGGGAAGCUGUUCUGCAAAGUCUGGAUCUCUUUUGACGUCAUGUUUUGCACCGCAUCCAUUGUCACGUUGUGUUUCAUUAGCCUGGACAGAUACUGCUCCGUGGUGACCCCGUACCACUAUUCAAGAAGGAUGUCCCGUGGCAGAUGCAUCGUGAUGACCUGCACGGUCUGGCUGUAUUCCUCCCUCAUUUCCUUCCUUCCCGUCAUGCAAGGCUGGAACGAGAUCCCCGGGGUGGACUUUGAUGCAGGCAGAGAAUGCAUCUUUGUCACCAACUGGAUUUUUGCCAUUGUGGCUUCUGCUCUGGCAUUUUUUGUCCCCUUCAUGGUCAUGUGCAGCAUGUAUUUCUUCAUCUACCGUGCUUCGCGGCUCAAGGCCACUCGUAUCAUGUCUCAGACCCUCGAGAUUCACUACCACCCCAACAGCAAGCGGCAGAACCAUCUGCAGCUGGAGAACAAGGCCACGCGGACCAUUAGCAUUAUCAUUUCGGUCUUUGUGCUGUGCUGGCUGCCCUACUUUGUCCUCAACGUCUGGCUCGCUGCCAGAGGCACCGACUCCACCAGCACGGUCUUGGUUGACACCUUCAAGAUCAUCACUUGGUUAGGGUAUUGCAACUCCACCAUCAACCCAAUGCUCUACGCUUUCCUGAACCGGGACUUCCAACGGGCCCUGAAGAAGCUGCUCAUUUGCAGGCACAGGUCUCAGGUGGACAUUGGAGAAGACAUGGUUUCCAUAGCCACGUUUUCCAAGACUGCUCCAGACCUAGAAUAUAGCAUUACGGUGCCAGUGCCUAAUGGUGCCCUAAAGGGCAAACCCAAAUAA